CCCCAGCGGCAUCCCCAUCCACCCUCAUCGCAAGCUCCAGCAGCAAAGCAAACAAGCGAGCGAGAAGCUAGCAGGCUGCAAGAAGCCAGCAAGCGGCGAGGACGUGAGCAGCGUAGCGAGAUCACUCGGAUCAAGCGAUCCAUGGCGCCGAGGAGGUCGACUUCGCCGGCCGGGAGCAGCAGCAGCGGUGGCAGCGGCAGCGGCUUGGAGCAGCCGAGGCUCCGCGGCGUGCGGAAGCGGCCGUGGGGCCGGUACGCGGCGGAGAUCCGGGACCCCGUGCGCAAGUCCCGCGUGUGGCUCGGCACCUUCGACACGCCCGAGGAGGCCGCGCGCGCCUACGACGCCGCCGCGCGCAGGCUCCGCGGGCCCGGCGCCACCACCAACUACCCCGUGCAUGCCCAGGACCUGAACGCGGCCGCGAUUCCGGCGUCGAGAGCUAGCGCGAGCGGGAGCGCCGUCCUGUCGGAGGACGCGUCGUCGUCGACGUCGCGGGAGUCGCCGCUGGCGGUGACGGUGGCCGUCGCGGCGCCCCCGUCGCUGGACUUGAGCCUUGCGCUCCCGGCCGUGGCGGGGACGCCGUCGUCGUACCAGCUGUUCCUGGACCCGGCGGCGAUGGUGGCCGUGGCGCCGGCGCUGCUGCAGUUCCUGCCGCCCAAGAGCGAGGAAGAGCAGAGCUUCUCAGGGUCGGCAUCGUCGGCGGUGUUCGACGCGGCGCCGGCGGUGGGCCUGGGGCUCGACCUCAACCUGGCGCUGCCGGCCGGGAUGGUGAUGUAGAGACAGACAAAUCUCAAUUGGUCAAUUAGCUCUAAUUAGCUCACGGAUCCAGAUGUUCGUCAGGUGUAAAUAGGCUGCAGAGAUUUAUUUGUGCAUCUGCGCAGCCUUCUUUUCUUUUCUUUCUGUGUACCGACAGAUUUUGCGUCUCGCAAACAUGCGCCAACGCAAGAACGAAGAAACUUUGCCCCAGUUA